AUGCCCAGGCCCCCACUCCUCUCCUCCUCCUCCUUGCACUUCCUCAAGAGCUUUUGUCUUCUGGUCCCCUGGGCUGUGAGGCUCUCUCAUUCCCGGCACACACUGCCCAUUAAAUUCAAAACUGAGGCCUCCAGGGAAAGGGUCUGGCACUUUCUCUCCCUCCCCUUAUCUCCCGCUAGCUGUUCCCCAUCCUCACCUGCCUGGUCCGCAGAUAAGCCUAGCUGUGAGAAAAGGGGCAUGCUGGUGCCUGCUUCACAUCUGUCCCAGGGUCCCCACCUCACACCCCACCCUGGACACCCCACCAGGGCUGCUCCCUCUCUGGAUAAGGUCUGGGGCGGUGGAACCAUGCAUCAGUCAGUGCUCGGAAGCUAUAGGAAAUGUUCUGAGGAGCUCCGGAGGCCUCAUUACCAUCCACCCUGCACUGGGCUUGGAGAGGAGAAGCCAGGAGGCAGAGAAGCUCUGGACACUUCUGUCCAGUGCUCAGCCAUGAGGAAUGUUGUGGAAUUGGAGAGGAAGGAGGGGAAGGCCUUAAACAGUGCACGUGCUAUGGCUAGGAACUGGCAAAACAUCCUGACCAUCCAUGACUCCUUCACACUUGACAACCACACUGUAAAUCAGGACUACUUUUCUGUUUCAUUGAUGAGGAUUAUGAGACUGAGGGAGGUAACUGGUCAAGGCCAGCUGGCUAGUAAGUGGCACAGCAGGGACUGAAAUCUGG